CCCGAAAUCCCUCUCACCCCCCGGCUUUCUUUCUUUAUUUCAUUUCAGUCAGCGUUACCUUUGCUUCCAAGCGGAUCUGUUGAAUUCUUGUCCCCUUUUCCUUGGUAAUUCUCACGAGAACACGUUUCCAAUCACUCAAUUGACUUGUCGCUAAAUCGUUCUGCUUGGGUUUUCACUCAUCAAGACAUACCAAUUCGUCCCCAGUGUCCAUCCAACCCUUAACUUCAAAAUGUCCUUCGCCAGAGCUGCUUCCAUUCGCUCCGCCCUCCGAGUUUCGGCGCGCCGAACCAUUCGUCCCCAGUUCCGCCCUCAGGUCGCCCAAAGGACCUACGCCAGCCAACAUGGCGCGAAGCCCCAGAGCGAGCUUCCUCUCGCCAUUGGUUCUCUAACCUUCUUCCUUGCUGGUCUUGCUGUCAUCCAGCCCUGGAACAGCCCGUCUUCCAAUGGUCACGGCGCCCACGCCGAGCACAAGGAGGAGAAGCACGAGGAGCCCGAGCAGGCCGAGGAGUCCAAGGAAGAGGAGAAAAAGGACGACAAGUCCGAAGAGAAGCCCGAGGAGAAGCCUGAGGAGAAGGAAGAGUCCAAGAACGAGGAGUCCGAAAAGUCCGAAUCUGAAGAGAAACCUGAGGAGUCAAAGGAGGAACCCAAGAACGACCCCAAGGCUGAGAAGAAGGACGAAAAGUCCGAGGACAAGCCCCAGUCCGAGGAGGAUAAAAAGUCAGACGACGAUUCCAAGAAAGAGGAGACCGAGUCGGAAGACAAGAAAGAGGAGAAGUCUGAUGAGAAAUCUGACGAGAAGAAGCAAGAGCCCAAGGCCGAUUCCAAGUCUGACGAGAAGAAGGACAACUGAUCCCUUUCCCCUAUUCCCUCAACAUGGAAGCUCGAUCUCCAGAGGAAACUCCCUUAAUCUUCAUAAUCACGCGCCCAAAGAUAUAUCUUUUGUGCCACAACGAACCAACACCGCCACAGGGGCUGCAGCUUGCCUGUGCGAGGGAGCACGUUCCAUCAAACAACAUGUACAUAAACAACCCACUGAUUGAACCGAGUGCUAAUGCAUAAUAGCAUUUGACUAUGCCUCAAGUGUCAUGUCUAGAGCACGAAAGUGAAGUUGAGAGACUUCUGGUUCUUGCAUCAUACUGUAUCAUGUACACUACUACCUACUUCCUAACCAUACUCUUUAAUUGUUAACCCUGUCGGCCCAUAUACAAACGCCAGUGGCAGGGCCCUGCCCCCAUCCGC